AUGAGUACAACCCAGCGCAGUGAAAGUAUGAAUGCUUUUUUUUAUGGUUAUGUUCAUGCGAGGACAAACUUGAAGAAAUUUGUCGACCAGUUUGACAGUGCGCUGAGGAAGAAAAUUGAGAAUGAAAACAAUGCAGACUUCCACACAUUUAGCGUUACCAUUCCCUGUAUAUCUAGAUCUCCAGUUGAGAAGAGAUUUCAAGAGUUGUACACGAACGUUAAAUUUAGGGAAUUCCAGCAGCAAGUAAUGGGUGUGCUCGAUAUGGAUCCAUGUCUACUCAGUGAGGAUGGUGUAAUGAAAAGAUAUUUGGUGGAAGAUGAAGUUCAUGUUGAAGAGUUCACUAAGCUUGUUACAUAUUCAGUGAACUUCAAUGUGGAAGGCUGCGAUGGAAAGUGUUCAUGUGGGUUAUUCGAGAUGAGGGGGAUACUGUGUAGGCAUAUUUUAGCCAUCUUCAAAGCUAACGGUAUAAAGUUAUUGCCAGACCGGUACAUUUUAAAUCGAUGGAGGAAGGACUUUAAGAGGAGAUACACGUUAAUCCACAGUAGCUAUGAUGCUGGGGAUCAGAGGCCAGAUGGUAAUAGAUAUUCAAGUUUGCUGAAUAUAUGUUAUCAGAUGAUAACUUAUGCAACGGGUUCCAAUGAGCAAUUCGAAGAUGCAAAAAAGAAGUUAUAUUCAAUGAUUGACUUGUACCGUGAGAAUGAGAAUCAACACCCCCCAUCUAUGACCCAAACAGGUUUGUAUGGGAAUUUUUGCAGUUUAUUUUUUUUAAGUAAAGCUUGA